UCACAUUGAUCAAACAACAACAUGGCAAGAUCCUAGGAAGGCCAUGCUUUCCCAGAUGAACGUUACAGCUCCCACCAGUCCUUCCGUGCAGCAGAACAUCAUGAACUCUGCAUCAGGCCCACUCCCCGAUGGAUGGGAACAAGCUAUGACCCAGGAUGGAGAAAUUUACUACAUAAACCAUAAGAACAAGACCACAUCUUGGCUAGACCCAAGGCUUGACCCACGCUUUGCCAUGAAUCAGCGAAUCAGCCAAAGUGCUCCAGUGAAACAGCCACCCCCUCUGGCUCCUCAGAGUCCCCAAGGUGGUGUGAUGGGCGGGAGCAGCUCCAAUCAGCAACAGCAGAUGAGACUUCAGCAGCUACAGAUGGAGAAGGAAAGGCUGAGACUGAAGCAUCAAGAACUGCUUCGGCAGGCAUUGCGGAAUAUCAAUCCCAGCACAGCAAAUUCUUCAAAACAUCAGGAAUUGGCUCUCCGUAGCCAGCUUCCAACAAUGGAACAAGACGGUGGAUCUCAAAAUCCUGUGUCAUCUCCUGGAAUGUCUCAGGAACUGAGAACAAUGACUACAAAUAGUUCUGAUCCCUUUCUGAACAGUGGAACAUAUCACUCCAGAGACGAAAGCACAGAUAGUGGACUUAGCAUGAGCAGUUAUAGUGUACCCAGAACCCCCGAUGACUUCCUGAACAGUGUUGAUGAGAUGGAUACAGGUGACAGUAUCAGCCAAAGUAACAUACCGUCCCAUCAGAACCGUUUCCCAGACUACCUUGAAGCCAUUCCAGGGACAAAUGUGGACCUUGGGACACUGGAAGGAGAUGGGAUGAAUAUAGAAGGAGAAGAACUGAUGCCAAGUCUGCAAGAGGCUUUGAGCUCUGACAUCCUUAAUGACAUGGAAUCUGUCUUGGCAGCCACCAAGCUAGAUAAAGAGAGUUUUCUUACUUGGUUAUAGGGGCCUCAGGGAGACUGAAUUCUAAAUCUGUGAAGGAUCUAAGGAGAUUAGGACAUCUGUAUCUGAAGUUCAGAACGAGCCAGUGUGGCACACUUUGGCUUGUGUUCAGAAAAAGUAAAUGAACAAAUACUCAACAAGAUUCUUUCGUUUUGCUCUUCCUUGUCCACCGCUGCUGUUAUAUAUUGCUGACUUUUUUCCACAGUUGACUCUGAAGAACAGACAUCUUCUCGAUCUUUUUCUAUUGCUGUUGCAACUACUGUUCGGGGGGGUGGGGAGGGGUGAUGAGCCUAUUUGGAUGACGAAUGCCAUUCCUUUUGUCCUAGUGUGCGCUUGCAUAUCAUUUUAUCUAAGUACUCAGAUUUGAGAGGUAAUUUCUGCAUGUCACUGCUUGUAGUUUGCUCAGCUAGUUGUCUCCUGCCUGUGGCAAGUGGUGAAACGUGACAUACUGGGGUGACAAGCCAAAAAUGAUGUAUCUGGUCAAAAGAAGUCAAUACUGAUUUGGAGAUACAACUUAAAGGAGGGCUGAAGACUGUUUGGCAUUAAGUGUUUCUACUAGUAGCUCUUUCAUUAGUCACAAAGUGCUCUUGUUCAUAUUCUAUGUUAUAGUAAAUCAUGAGUCAUUUUACAUAGAAACAUAUAUGAACUUUGAUUGUUGCCACAUAUUCUAGCCUAAUUUUUGUUUGUCAAAAAUAGCUUGAUUAUUUUUGUUAGUUGGUUUAACUGUAGCUGUAGGAUGGGAAGUAAUUAUAGGUGUUCUUUUUUUUAAAAAAAAAUAGUGAAAUCUAAGGUUUUUUUCUGAUUUCACAUAGUCUUAUUUAAAUCUGAAUUGUCUGCUUUUUUAUACUUAAAACAUGCCUAUUGUAGCCUGAUAAGCUAGUGAGUACAUAAACCAAUAUGUUUUGCCUGUAACUUGUUUAUUUUUUUUUAAAGGCUAGCUUUGAAUGUAAUCAUUAGAAUUCAUGACCAGUGGCUUAUUUUUCAUGUUUAUUUGCAAGAUUUUGAAUUAGAAUC